AUGAUCGAUCAAGAGGAGCAAGCUGACCAAAAGUCGCAGCGAUGCUUUUCGUGCCGACAAAGAAAGGUCAGAUGCGACCGCAUCCACCCCACAUGCGGCGCCUGCACUCGACUAUCGCUAUCCUGCUCAUGGGAACCGCCAUGGAAAUUCAAAGAUCAGAGAAGAUUCGUUGAAAGAAGGUACGAUGUGACUGGAUUGAUCCCGAGCCGCCGCACGUGGGACAAACUCGAGUUUGUCGACAACGUAUGUUUUCCCUCGCCUCAGAGUCUCAGCAGCGCAGACGACACCGGCUCGAGAUCAAGCCCACGAUCUCCCGUGAGAGAUCUUCAGUUUCAAUUGCCAGUCUCGGUUGAUCCUGCUCCCUCGACACGCUUGCAGAUGCUGGCAGUUGCGUUACAGCAUUACUUGCCGUAUGACGAACAAAAUUAUCGAUGUCAAAGCAUCGAACAAUGGCCAACUUUGAACGUUCUCAAUUUCAAAAACACUUCACUCAUAACUGCAGAUCCGCUUGUGAAUGCUGCAGUGGAUGCUUUCACUUUGGCGCAGGCUGCCAUUUCUCUGACUGAUCCUCGCCUUGCUUUUGCGUCAAUUCGACGAUACAACACAUGUCUGCAGGUCCUUCGAGUUGUGUUGAAAGCAGAGACCGGCCAUAGGAAAUGCGAUAUCCUGCUAUCCAUGCUUGUGCUUCAGACAUUAGAGUAUACGCGUCCAACAGCACAGCCAGGAGGAUAUUUUAUGCACAUACAGGGUAUGGCGCAUUUCCUUGCAAAAGAGGUUCCGCAGCGUCUGAGCAGCUGCUACGAGACUAUACUGUUUCAAAGUGCAAGACAAGCAUCCAUAUUGUCGAGUAUUGCUCUAGGCAAGCGCACACCAUUCGAUACAGAAGAAUGGAUCUCGUUGUCACAGUCGGCCCCUCUUGUCACUAGCGAGACACGACUCUUGGAUAUCGCUGUCAAGAUACCUAAUCUACUUGUCCCGGACCAUCACAACAUGGGCGACUCUCUGCAUCUGUCAACCCUACUCGCGGUCCAGCGAUCUCUGGGCCACUGGAUUGAGGCGUAUCGCAACCAGAAAAUGGUUAUCCUCCUCCAAGCCUUUGACCCUGCCCUAUUCCCCGACUUCGCCCAAGUGGUGUCACACGAUCUUGGAGGCCGCCAGGUGCUCUUUUGCGCCUCUUUUAACGACGCUUGGUACUUGUCGUUGGCAUGGUCACUCUUGUUCAUUGUCCAAUCCGCUCACCUCUACAUUUUGGUUAGCUCUUCCGAGCCUACUUUGGAGCUCGAGUGCCAGCAACUCAAGGUCUCGUUGCAAACCACUGCAAGCGCUUUAUGCUCAACCAUACCACAAUUCUUCGAUAAGACAUGGGGAUUUGUGGCUCGGUCCAGCAUUAAUCUCUCUCUGCAACUGCUCACUUACUACUAUCAGAGCGUUGGAGAUGAUAGCAUGAUCGAAUUCUGUCUCAGGGUAAGGCGUGCACUUGGCCGUCCAGAGCUUGGUCAUGAAAUCGUCACCGAAACCGAGGAGAUGGCUUUUGAACGUUAUUUCUCAUCACUCAGAAUCGCCGAGACGGGUCGCGACGCAAGUUGA